AUGAAAACAAGCUCCACAGAUCCAAUAGUAGCGCUGACAAGUGUCACUGCUGAAACAACAGUAACAAUGACAUCUGAUGCUCCAUCAAGUUCAAUAACAACAACGAGCGUUUUUGCGUCUGCUACAUCAAAAACAUCGACAGCCAUUUCCACAGCAACAACCACCAAUGCUCCAUCUAGUGCAAUAACAACAACUACAGUCAUUUCCAUAGCAACAACCACCAAUGCUGCAUCCAGUGCAACAACAACAUCGAGUGUUUUUACAUCCGCUACAUCAAAAACAUCGACAGCCAUUUCCACAGCAACAACCACCAAUGCUCCAUCUAGUGCAAUAACAACAACUACAGGUUUGAAUCCAAAUGCAUCAAAUAUAACAUGGUUAAUGUCAAUAAUUAAAGCAUCAAAUCAAACAACAAUAAUCUCAGCUAGUCCAACAUUUAUGGCUAUUGAUGAUCAAAAUUAUUUUGUUGUACUUGGUUAUCGUGGUAAUGUUGUUCAAAUGAAUAGAACAACAAUGAGCGUCAUUCGAUCCGACGUUACAAAUCCUUUAAUGUACAUAUAUUCUUCUCGAAAUCUAACAAAUUUCAUUGCACGUAUAAAUGGUACAGGGAGUGCAUGUUAUUUUCGUGAAGUGGUAUUUUUACAAAAUUAUACCAUUUUGGUUGUAGCUGUUGGUUGCAGUAUGAUUCAGUUUUAUCAAAUAUCGUUUUCACCGUUUUCAACAACACUUUUAUAUUCACUACCAACGGUGCAGAAUUGGCCAUACAGUAUCUAUAAAAUGAACGAUACAUUCUUGUAUAUAGUAGCUUACAAUCCUGCAACACCCAUUUACAGUCUAUCGUAUAACAGUAGUAACGAUUGGAUAUUAAGAGCACUGAACGUCACAACGCCAGCAUCUUCGGAAACAUCAUCACGAGUGACAGUUGAUUCAUAUGGACGAAUUUGGUUGGUUAUCUAUAACUAUGGUGUGAGAAUAUUUGAUUCCACUGCAUCCGUCUUACUCUAUAGUUGGCCGGUCUCAACUGGAUUGGAUGGGAUACUAUUGACGGAUAAUUAUGAGUUGUUUUUGUCUGACUAUUACAACAACAAAAUAUUGCAUUAUAAACCAAACAUAAACUCGCAGUAAAUAACACUGAUAUAAAUAAAAUGACUCAUAACUAUGGUUUCUCUUGUGUCCUGUGAUAAAAUUGAAGAUCAGGCACGUUUAUCAGCUUGGAGUUUUGACAACUGAUAGUUCAAGGCAGAAUUCACUUACUUUCUAUUAGAAAGUAUUUUGAAAAUAUCACGGGUCACCGUUAAUUUAAUACAUUAGGAAAUUGCAUCUCUAUUAUCUUAGCCGGGAGACCUUUUUACAUGGUACUCAGUAAACUAGGGGGAACAGUCUGGUCGACUCAGAUUUUUCAUACAGUUACUUUUAUUUUUCCCCACAAAUUGUACAACCAAAAUACGAUUCACUCAUAUAUAUAUAUAUAUAUAUAAUAGAUAGAUAGACAGUAAUUAAGCACUUUCCAGACAGUCGUAUGAUAGCCGAACUGCUACUGUUAUACUCUGUUGCUGUUCUCAACUGUUUCUGUUACGAAUGUUCCUGUUAUAACUGUUUCUGUUGUAUCUGUUAUAACAGCAACAGGUUCAUGCCUGUUAUUGACAUUAACCAUGUUAUAUUUGAUGCAUUUGGAUUCAAACCUUCUUUCAAAAUAAAGAAGUGAAUUUUAGCAUUAUACGAACGAAAUACAUAUUUUAUCAUACCUGUAGUUGUUGUUAUUGCACUAGAUGGUGCAUUGGUGGUUGUUGCUGUGGAAAAUGGCUAAAAACCAGGAAAAGCAGAUAUGAGACAAGAACACGAUUUAAAGUUCACGGGAAUUUUUAAAAAAAACGAUCAUUCAGCGGCUCUAGAGUACUAUUUGUCAAGUUUCAAACAUGAAAUUGAUCGCGUGCCCUUAAGUUAUGAAAUUCUUAAGCAAAAAUGCAUGAACAUUGCAUCUACAUACACCAGAACCGAAGA